AUGCUUCGCUCGUCCCUCUUGACCGUCGCCCUCUUCACGUCUACCGUACUCGCUCAGCUCGUCCCUCACCUCUUCCAUCCUGCCGACAUUGAGUCCAAGGGCGAGUUCGAGCCGCACUUUGAAUACCUUCCCUUUGAACAGCAUCAACAGCCCAUCAUGCCAGCCGAUGACAAGGAGAAGACGAUGUUGAGUGAUUUGAUCUCGAUUGAUAAGAGUUUGUCAAUCUUCGGCGACUUGUGCCGUCAAUACACGCACAUUGAACACCUCCUCGAAGACCCACUGGCACACAUAACCCUAAUCGUCCCAAACAACAACGCAUUCACCUCCCUCGCCCGAAAACCCUGGGACACCCCCUCCGAACCCGAAAUCCACAUUACGGAGGACAUCGACGCGGACAGAAAGCGUUCGUUUAUCGAGAGACAUUUGGUACUUGAUGAUGAGCUUCUGGCGGGGAAGAGGUAUCAUACGAUUGGUGGGGAGGUGGAGGUGUUUUUUGAGGAGAAGGAGGGGGUGAGGAAGCUGUUUCCCGGGGAGUUGAAGGUGUUGAAGGUCGAGACAGCUGGGAAUGGGGUGUUGUGGGUUGUUGAUGGAGUUGUGGAGGCGAAGUGA